AAAAAAAAAAACUAGCCGCAUGAAUGCGCCUUCGUGGAGGGGCCAUACAAAUCGCGACGACGACAUCACGGACAGCGCCAAGGACGACAACAGCGGCCGAUACGCCCGUGGAUCUCUAAACCGAUGGCUAUCCAAAAGAAACACGGCAAAGGCCGUCUUGACAAGUGGUACAAGCUUGCCAAGGAGAAAGGAUACCGAGCCCGUGCUGCCUUCAAGCUGAUCCAGCUGAACAAGAAGUAUGGCUUCCUCGAGAAGACCAAGGUCCUACUGGAUCUUUGCGCGGCCCCUGGCUCUUGGUGUCAGGUAGCUGCCGAGACUAUGCCCAUGGGCAGCCUCAUCAUCGGAGUCGAUCUAUCUCCGAUCAAGCCGAUUCCAAGGGUCAUCACAUUUCAGAGCGACAUCACGACCGAGAAGUGCAGGGCGACGAUCAAGCAACAUCUCAAGGGCUGGAAGGUGGACACCGUCCUUCACGACGGAGCUCCGAACGUCGGUACCGCCUGGGUGCAAGAUUCGUUCAACCAGGCCGAAUUGACCCUGCAGUCCAUGAAGCUGGCCACCGAGUUCCUCGUCGAGGGUGGCACUUUUGUCACAAAGGUCUUCCGAUCCAAGGAUUACAACUCCCUGCUGUGGAUCUUCAACCAGCUGUUUACCAAAGUCGAGGCCACCAAGCCCCCCUCGUCCCGAAACGUCUCGGCCGAGAUCUUCGUCGUGUGCAGGGGGUUCAAGGCUCCCAAGCGGAUCGACCCCAAGUUUCUAGACCCCCGCGCCGUCUUUGAAGAGCUGGCAGACCCCACCCCGAACAACGAAGCCAAGGUCUACAAGCCAGAAGUCAAGAAGAGGAAGAGAGGAGGUUACGAGGAUGGCGACUACACACAGUUCAAGGAGAUAUCCGCCAGCCAGUUCAUCCAGACCACCGAUCCCAUCGAAAUUCUGGGCCAGUACAACCGUCUCAGCUUCGUACAGCCGCCCAAUGGCGACGUGGCCCUUGCCGCACUGGACAAGCUGCCGGAGACGACGGGCGAGAUCCGCAUCUGCUGUGAGGAUCUCAAGGUGCUAGGCAGGAAGGAAUUCAAAAUGCUCCUCAAGUGGCGUCUGGCUGUCAGGGAGAUCUUUGGGUUCCCCACCAAGAAGUCGGCCAAGAAGGAGGCCGCCGCCGCCACCGCCGCCGCCGCCGCCGAAGAGGUCGCAGAGGUCGAGUCCAUGGACGAGGAGAUGAAGAUACAGGAGGACCUCCAGGCUCUGAAGGAUAAGGUGGCUUCCAAAAAGAAACGGGAGCGUCGGAGGGAUAACGAGCGCAAGCAGAAGGAGAUCGUCCGGAUGCAGAUGCACAUGGUUGCCCCCAUGGAUAUUGGUCUCGACCAAGCCGGGCCAGCCGGAGAGGAUGCCAUGUUUGCGUUGAAGGCUGUGGAGAAGGGAGAGGGUGCCAUGCGCAGGCUGACAAAGGGCAAGAUGGUGGUCGUCAGCGAGGAGGAGCCUAAAAAGGACCGCGACAGCGGCAUUGGCUCUUCGGGGGAAACCGACGACGAAUCCGACGAUGCCGAGGAUCGACUAGAAACGGAGCUCGAUGGGCUGUACGACGAAUUCAAGGAGCGCAAGGCAGCAUCCGACGCCAAGUAUCGGGCAAAGAAGGCCCGACAGGGGCAUGGCGACGAUGAGUGGGAGGGAGUGUCGGACAACGGCAAGGAAGGAGAAAUCAGCAGCGACAGCGAACUCGAGGAAGAGAGCAGUGACGACUCGGAUGACGAGGGUGAGGCCUCGGGCAAGAAGUCGCUGUUGACGGAUCUUGACACCGCACCCUCUGACACCUCUGGGCUUUCCAAACGAGCGAGGGCAUUUUUCAACCAGGACAUAUUCAAGGAUCUAGAAGGGGUUCUUGACGAACCCACAGAAGCCGAUGCGGAUGAUGACUCGGACGUUGAGAUGGAGGAAGCACCAAGCAAGCCUCAAGUCAAGCAAGCACCUGCCAAGAAAACGGCCGAGAAACCCACCAAGAGCAAGGCUGUCCAAGCUGUUGAGUCUGAUUCGGAUGACAGUGACGAUGAUGGUUUCGAGGUGGUAAAGAGCGGGUUUGAGGACGACUGGGAGGACGAAGACAAACGGACAAGGGACGGAAGGCUUGACAUCGACAUCAUUACGGCAGAAGCAAUGACUCUCGCCCAUCAACUCGCCACGGGAGAGAAGACAUCUUACGAUGUCAUUGACGAUGGCUUCAACAGGCACGCUUUCAAGGACAGAGAUGGCCUGCCGGACUGGUUCCUGGACGACGAAGGACAGCAUGACAGGGCCCACAAGCCAAUCACAAAAGCUGCCGCUGCUGCGAUCAAGGAGAAGACGAGGGCAUUCAACGCCAGGCCCAUCAAGAAGGUCCGUGAGGCCAAGGGCCGGAAGAAGAUGAAGGCGGCACAGCGCCUAGAGAAACUGAAGAAGAAAUCGGAUCUCCUGGUCAAUGAGGAGGGCAUGACGGAGAAGGAGAAGGCCGAGAGCAUAGCGAAGCUGCUCAGGAAGGCGACCAAGAAGAAGCCCAAGCAGUCAGUCAAGGUUGUCGUGGCCAAGGGCGCCAACCGGGGUAUCAAGGGGCGUCCGUCCGGAGUCAAGGGCCGAUACAAGAUUGUGGACCCCAGGAUGAAGAAGGAGAUGCGGGCACUAAAAAGGAAAGCACAGAAAGCAAAGAAGGGCAGGUAGGCGGGGGGCGUAAGGCAUGGGUUACUGGUUCUUUCAUAUCCCAGAGACGCGCAGGUACAUUAAUGCAUAAAGCAUGCACGCAUAUGGCGAGACCAUACUGUGCACAAGUCAUGGUUGCCAUGACCAUCAACAGCCGCCGACUUUCUAUUCCAUCUUGGCAUUUUCCUGCUGGCUGAGAUGAACCGAUCUGAUAAACGAGGACAUCGGAUACAGAGGCC